AAUUAUUAUGUAUUACAUUUUAUUACCUAUACGAAAUUUUAUCUAAAAUCGAAUUAGUAUUCAAUGACACCAAAGAGAGUAAAAUUAUAUAUCGCUUGACUAAACACUGAACAGAUUGAUUAGGUACCACCAAAAACUGGUGGUCACAAAUUGUUUACAUUUAUGAAUUUGGGUUCUUGGGAGAAUACAAUUUUAUAUUAGAUAUAUAAUACUAUGUGGACGAUGGACGCGUAUUCAAAAUUACAAGGAGAUGUCUUUAAUACACACACGACACACAUCAUAGUACACCCAAUAGAUCCCGAAAUACUAAUGCAUAGGUACCUACUACAUAGAAAGUUAAAGUAGGUACUUAUAUAAUUAUUUAUUUAUUUAUUUAUUUCCUAACCUUGAAUGUUUAUUUUUGAACAAUUUCCUUAGUUUCUAUAAUUCAUACAGUUUUAUUAAUUUUUCAAGGUCGUAACUCAUUCCGUAGCUCUAAUGUAAGAAUAUCUAAAUGAGUAAUGACGACCACGAUGUUGAUGAAAUUUUAUCUGCAUUGUAAUUAGUACCUAUUGCCAUUGAUUAUAAAUCAAUAGGUAAUCAAUGGUACUAUAUAUGAUAAUUAAUGUACAAAUUAAAUUUGCACGGGUUAUAUUUGAACAAUCACUAGUUUUAGUUAUGGAUAAUUUGAUCAAAUAUUUGAUCAUUUGAACCAUUUUUCAAAAAAUAUUUGAUCGUGUGAACCAGGCUACACAAAUUUAUUUGAAUAAAAUAUGAUACCUACAGGAAAAUAAUCAAUUAGUAUUUAUUUAGCAGGUAGUCAUUUAGAUCACCUACAAUUUAGAUUUUGAGAGAUCACGAAGAUCUAGAUUAGCCAUGAGGAUUUAAUUGACAGGGAAACUAAUUUACCAUUUAGAUACUUUUUUUGAUAUUUAGAUCUUGAGGAUCUAGCUAGGUGACCGUUCACCCUUAUAAAUUAUGGGUACUAUAAUUUAAUACAUCGAGAGCUCUUUGCCUUUGCCUCUUCAUGGUAGGAGAUUAAGUAGUUACUUACUUACUUUUAAAGACAAGAGUCUAAAAUAAAUUAAAUCACUGAAUUCGUGCACAGUCUAAUGAGUAUGGUUAUUCACAUAUUUAGUAAUUAUUAUUAGUAUUUAUAAACGAACCUAAUAUUUGUACAAUAUUUUAUGCUAAAGUAAACACGAUAUUGUAUUAUUAAAAUUAUAGUGGGAAAACGUCUCGCCGAAUCACCAAUAGCCAAGCAAUAACGUAUCGCUAUCAUACUGAUAAUAAACCAUAAGCCAUAAACCAUCAUCGCUGAUAAUAAACCAUAAGUAUUUAUUUACAUUAAAAGUGUUGGCUAAAAUAUAGCACGUAGUGGCUAUAUAGUAAAGUGUUUGUCGGAACUAGAAGUAAUUUUAUUGAAUUAGAUUCGUCUAUACUUACGUUAAAUAUUAUACGGAUCGCUGUUACGUAAUUUUCGUUUGAUAUAAGUGCUUCAAAUGUUGUCAAAUGUCCCGGUAUAUUUGUUAUGUUGUACUUUUUUAGUAUUUACUUGCCACGCCGCCAGACCCGGCGAAGGAUCAUGGUCUAUCAAUAUUGACAACGUGAGAUUUUUUUUUUUUUUUCACUAUAUAAUGUACUUCUGAAUCAUUUGGGUAUUUAUCUAGUUAUAAUAAUUAUUUGCCUGCUCACUUUUUCACAGAACAAUGAAAUAUUCAGUUUCAGCAACAGCCUUUUUAAGGACACAGAAAUAUUCAUUAAAAGUAAAUUUAUCAUAAUUUUGUACUACAAACUGAUUACUGAUUACUGUUAUAAGUGCUCAAAAUUAAAAUUAUUAUUAUCAUUAUUUUUCUAGUUGAUUGUAACGAUUUGUUUAACGUUUCUGUUAGUUGGAUCCUGACUGAACCCGAAUGUUGGAAUGAUUACUUAAACCUUGGCCAUGGCGUAAAUUUAAUAUUAUGCUUUAUACUUAUAAUAUAUUACCAAUAUUAUCAAAGAUUAUAGUAAAAUUCUAAUAUUUUGUUUUAUUUAGCUUAUAAAAGAACUGCAGUUGAAAGAUAUUGGUCAUGAUGUUGAAAUCAAUAGUACAUACAUGCGUUAUGUGAAAUUUGAUGAUCAUGUCUAUUCGUGUUCUAAUGGAAUAGAUUUGGUAUUUAUUCAUACUUGACUAUUUGCUAAAAGUGGUUUUUUUUUUUUUGAAACAAUUUUUUUUUUUCCCAGGAAGAUCUAUCCAUACAUGGCACUAAUAAAACGAAUAAUAAUGAACCACUUCAUAAAGUAUGUUUUUAAGUACUAUUUUAAUAAUUUAAAUUAAAAUUAUAUAUACUAAUAUUUAAUGAGGAGUUUUUUUUUUUUUACAUAGAGAUCUUCUCAGCAUCCUGUUUAUACUGUUUUAAGAGAUGGUGUGUACUUACUAACAAUAACAAUCAAACCAAACAUCAGAAAUUUACCUGGGUUCGGCAUUGAUGACAAUAAAUUCUCUGGUAAUUUAGAAGUGUCGAUGCGAGGACCGCAUGGAUAUUUAUCAGCUACAAAUAGGCCAUUGUUGCAUGUAAUUUAUUUUUAUUAUGUAUUGUGAAUACAGUUUUUUAAAAAAAAAAAUUGUAAUAUUUUUUACAGUUCUAUGGAUUCAUGUGUUUUGUUUAUAUAUGUUUUGGUUUAACGUGGUUGGUUUUAUUAUUUAUGCAAUGGAGAGAUUUACUUCAAAUACAAUUUUGGAUUGGAGCUGUCAUUCUUCUAGGUAUACAAAACCAUUCAAAGUUUACAAACUAUUUAUGAAAUAUUUAUCAAAUUAAUUUUUAGGAAUGGUUGAAAAAGCAGCAUUUUAUGCUGAAUAUUAUGAACUGAAUCUUACUGGUCAUUUAAAUGACAUUUAUGGAGUAAUGAUCAUGGCUGAAGUAAUUUCUUGCUUAAAACGAACUCUUGCACGAACAUUAGUUAUCAUUGUAAGCUUAGGAUUUGGUAUUGUCAAGUGAGCGUUCUAUACAAAAUUUAAAUUAAAAAACAAUAAUUUUAUCUAUGUAAUUUUAUGUUUAGACCCAGGUUAGGCCCGAUUUUACCCAAGGUAUUGGGAGUCAGUUUUUUAUACCUAACAAUGUCAUUAAUGGAAUCCUAUUUUCGCCUGUCAACUAAUAUGAGUGCAGAAAUUUUAUUAGUUGAGUUGCCCUUAGCUGCUUUAGAUUCUGGAAUUGUGUGUUGGAUAUUUGCUGCCUUAACUCAGACUACUAGGGCUUUAAGACUUCGGAGGUUUUGAAUACAAUAAUAUCUAAUAUAAUGACAAUUAUCCUUAUAACUAUUUCUGUGAACCUAAAUAUUUUAUUUUAAGGAAUGCAGUGAAACUACAGUUAUAUACACAUUUUACAAAUGUUCUUGGUUUCACAGUGGUAACUUCCACUUUGUUCAUGUUAUAUUCCAUUAAAACUCAACGAUUAUCUGAUUGUGGCGGUGUAAGUAAACUGUAAAAUUAUAAUAAUUGAUUAAUAUUUUGAUGGUUAGAAGGUAAAAGGGUGUGUAAGCGCCAAUUUCUAAAUUGUUCUAAAAGAAUAUAACUUGUUUAUAUACAAAAAGUAUUUUGUUUUCUAUGUAGUUUUUAAAUACUAUUAAAGAAAAUCAUACUAAUUUAAUGUAAAUUACUUGCUUCUUUUUAAGUCAAUAUACAAAUAUUUAAAUAACAAAAAGAAAAUCAACCAAUUUAUCAUUUAUCAAAAUGAUAAAUUGAUGAAAUACCUUUUACUUUUAUCACAUUUUACUGAAUUAUGUUUAUGUAUUUUAAUUGGCCGCUUACACCCAAUUUUUUAAAUCCUGCCAAUUCUAUGACAUUUACAACCUUUUAUAAAACAUUGAUUGUUGAUUGUAAACAUAUAAUAUCAAUAUUUAAGUUGGAUCAAUCGAUAUAUAAUUGUGCCAUUACGAAAAUAUGCAAAAAAUUGAUUUUGAAAAAUCUGUCGCUUACACCCUUUUAUCUAAUAAUUUAUUUGUUGUUUAUAGAAUUGGAAAGAACAAUGGCAGGACGAUGCAUUCUGGCAUAUCGAAUUUUCCAUAAUUUUAUUUGUUAUUAUGACACUUUGGAGACCAACAAAUAAUAAUCAAAGGUAAUUAUUUAUUAUAAUUUUUUCUUUUUUGACAGUAAAUUAAUAAUUUAUGAGUUUAAUUUUAUUUAUAGAUAUGCUUUUACACCAUUGUUGGAUGCUCCAGAUGAUGACAGAGAUGAAACAGAAUUAUUUAUUAAAGAAACUUAUAAUGGUUAUAUUUUUUUACUAUUAUUAUAAAUUGGUUAUAUAUAUAUAUAUAUAUAUAUAUUUUUUUAUUUAAUACAAUUAUUUUAGAUGUUAAGAUGAGGACCUCUACAACCAAUUCGUCUAAUCAAAAUUCUAAUGUGAUACCAUACAAAGAUUAUCCUGCUUCAAAUAGUAGUAGCACAAAAAGUCAAACGCAACAUGUCAGUUUUAACUAAAUCAUUUAAAACUAACAACUAUAUUGUGUAUAACUAAAUUAUAUUUAAUGUUUUAUUAAUAUUUUAUAGGAUGAUGAUUUAAAAUGGGUUGAAGAAAACAUACCAGGUUCAUUAUAUGAAACGUGAGUAUUGAAUUAUUGUCGCUACCCAUACAUUUUAUGCAAAAUAAAUAUUAAUUUUAAAUUUGACCUAUUUUAGAACCGUACCAAUUUUGGAUUACAGUGAGGUAAAUAAUUUGAAUCUAGUUUUAAUUUCUUACUUGACUAUAUUGUAGAAAGUUGAUAAAAAAAUUUAAACUUGUAUAUUUUUUCAGGAUGAUCAUAACACAGCUAUUGAACGGUCAAAACUACAAUAAAAUGAAAAAAUAAAUAAACACUUUAAUUUUAGGUAUUUAAAAAAAGAACGCUUUAUGUCAUUAACCAAACGAAGUAAAAUAUUUAAUUAACCAGUCACUGGUCGUAACUGUACAAAUCUUAAAUAAUUCAUAUUAUGAAUCUUAAACAUUUAAAUUUUUUUUUUUUAUGAAUUUUGGUUGAAAAAUAUAUUUAUUCCAGGUGGCCUAAUAAGAUAAUUUUGUAACCAUGCAACUGGUUAAUGUUACAUUAUAUACUUUUUAUGUGUAUUUUAUUUAUUUUCCUAUUAUUUAAUUAAUUUACUAUUUUGUUAUCAACUUACUUAAUUGUAUACUUAUUCAUAGUAUUCCUUUAUUGUUUAUAUUGAUAUGAUUCAAAAUUAUAAUCAUAAGCAAAUUUAUAUAAUAUAUAUUUGAGAAUUUUUGUAAAUAAAUAAACAAAAUAUUCUUAAUAAAACAAUUAAAAAAAUAUUUUAAUAUAGAUGAUACAAAAUAUAAUCAUUCAUAUAAUUUUUUAUUUUAAUAAAUUCACCGAUCAAAAAGAAAAUUUCACUUAAGAAAUAUCCUUGACAGUGAUUUAUUUAAUGUAGCUUUCACAUUUGGUGAAGCCGCUGAUGAUAUUAACGCUGCACCUCUCGGAUCUUCGCUCAAUUUUGCUAGUAUAUGUUGAGCAGCUUGUCUAAAUAUUGUCACAAAAAAAUAAUUUGUUCAAUUAUUAUCUACCAGGAGGUUAUACAGGGUGAUUUUUUUUAUCAAGAACCAGCAAUUACUUCAAAAUAUUUUACGUGAAUUUGAUUUGUGUUUUUUCUAAUCAUUAUGGAAUCGUUUAAGCUUUAUUUUAAAACCAAUUUUAAUUGUUUACCCCUACUCCAUGUACCUUAAAUAUGUGCAUACUUUUGAUUUUCAAAUAGGGACAACCCUCCCCCCUUUUUAAACACAAAUUUGAAUAGAGAAUAUUUUUUUGGAAAUUUUGAUAUGCAUAAUACUAAUAUCAGAUUUAUUGUUUAUGAGUUAUAACAGAUUAAAGUUUAGACCAGAGGAGUAGAUAAGGGUUAUAAAUUACCUAUCUAUAGAAAAAUAUUCUCUAUUCAUAUCUGUAUUCAAAGGGGGGGGGGAGUUUCAAUUAGAAAAUUAAAAGUAUGCACUUAUUUAAGGUACAUGGAGUAGGGUUAAAAAAUUAAAAAUAGUUUUAAAAAAAAGCUUAAAUGAUUCUAUCAUGAUAAAAAAAUCAUUCUGUAUAUGUGUGCUAGUUUUGGGACAGGAUAUUGUUUGAGAUUGAGGAUUUUGUAAGUAUCAAUUCUAGUGACCGAGCCACUAGACAUUUGGUAAUUAAAAUAAUUUAAACCAUAAUGUGCAUUUUUUUUUU